AUGUCUGCAACAUCAGUUAUCUCCACCAUCCCCAUCACAUCAGCCAGGAACGACGUUGACGACACUAAAUCUAUACUCAGACUACCCUCCGAAUACGCCGACACUCUUCCUACAAAUCAUGAUGGACCUGCCCAGAGACCUGCCCAGAUCGAUCCACACUUCACCAUGUGGGUUGAAAUCGCACAGGCGCUUGGUGUCCCCACUACACCUUCUCAUCCCCUUACCGCCGAUGCCUUAUUCGAGCUUGCAGCUGCGAAUACCAUGGCACAGUCUGAAGAUGCGACAACAAGUGAACUGGCCAGGCAUCAAAGCGCACUAUUCCUACACAGAAUAUUCAAAUGGAUUAAUUCUGGCGCGUUGGAAGGUGGUAUUGAUGGUAAUACGAAUGGCGCACCAUUUAUCUACCCGCUAUCUUCGUUUUGGGGUUCGGAUGCAUCUGAAACUUGGUCUUUUGAGAUCUUGGAGAGAUACUGGCAGAACGAGCCAGACGAUGAGCAGAUCAUCCAUCGAUCGAUCAGUGUUCCAGAAUCGGAGUCAUCAGGUUCACCAGAGCCAUCUGACGCAUCAGAAGAUGAGGACGAGGAUGGUGGAGUUCUGAUCGAUACAACAUCAAGUUCAGACGGUCAAAAUCAAAUGGUCUUUGAUUUGUUUCGCACUCGAGAACUCCAACGACUCGUGAUGGGUGACUCACCUAUUCUUUCUCGGAUCGAUCCAAAUGUCUUCAGAACCAAUGCUGGACCUGGAAAACAUGCUCGGGCCAGAGCUUUGACUUUGACCGAGAGAAUAGCUCAAGGCGCCAACCAAAGGCAAGAGGAGUUGCGGAAUAAAAUUUUCCCUGUUGUGCCGUUGCGGAAUCAAGUAUUUCCUGUUAUCCCCACGGAACAACCGAUCACAACUGAGGAGGUCCUUGAUGGAUACUAUGAGCCGAUUACGUUGGCUAAUUUUCUGUGA